CUUCCUUAACCCUCCAAUCCAGUUUGUCCUCCCGUCCUGGCGAAAUGUAUCCGCCCUACUGUCAGUCUUCCCAAACUGGGCGCUUGUUUUCUGUCCCACCGGAGAAAGGAGCGAUCCAGCUUUACGUUAUUGAAAGAACACAUUCAAGCUGUGAAACAAUGCCUUCUGAUUGACAUCAACAGCAACAACUGUCCAUCAUGAACAGCGAGGAAGAGUUCUAUGAUGCUGAGACAGGUUUGGAAUCAGACGACUCGUGUGAAGUCAGUUUUAAAGAUGCCUGCGUCUAUGCGAGCAAGCAGACGGUGAAUGGCAAAGUGCCGUCUGAGAAUGGAGUGUGGGAGAGGCGAACUACACUUCCAGCGCCCAUGUUCUCCAGAAAUGACUUCAGUGUAUGGGGCUUCCUGAAGAAAUGCAUUGGAAUGGAGCUGUCCAAGAUAACAAUGCCUAUUGUUUUCAACGAACCGCUGAGCUUCUUGCAGAGGAUUACAGAGUACAUGGAACAUACAUACCUCAUCCAUAAAGCUUGUACACUUUCUGACUCUAUAGAUCGUAUGCAGCUUGUCGCCGCGUUCGCCGUUUCUGCAGUUGCAUCACAAUGGGAUAGAACUGGAAAACCUUUUAACCCUUUAUUAGGAGAGACUUUUGAGCUUACAAGGGAGGAUGAGGGUUACCGUAUGAUCUCAGAACAGGUGAGCCACCAUCCACCAAUCAGCGCCUUCUACGCAGAGUCACUCAAUCAGGACUUCUCGUUUCACGGCUCCAUCUACCCUAAACUAAAGUUCUGGGGGAAGAGUGUGGAAGCGGAGCCAAAAGGCACCAUGACACUUGAGCUGUCCAAGCACAGAGAAGCUUACACAUGGACAAACCCUAUGUGCUGUGUGCAUAAUGUUAUUCUGGGUAAACUGUGGAUUGAGCAGUAUGGGACAGUGGAGAUUGUCAACCACAGCACUGGGGACAAGUGUGUGCUGAAUUUUAAGCCAUGCGGCAUGUUUGGCAAAGAGCUGCAUAGGGUUGAGGGACAUAUCCAGGACAAGAGUAAAAAGAAGCAUCAUGUUAUCUAUGGAAAGUGGACAGAGUGCGUAUAUAGCAUUGAGCCAAAAGUCUACGAAGCUAACAAGAAAGCAGAGAAGAAAAGUGGAGGAGAUUCCAAGAAACACAAGCAGGAACAGGGUACAGGGGGCGAUGAUUCAGAUGAAAUGCCAGAUGUCCAGGAGACAGUCGCUAUGAUCCCAGGCAGUACUCUGCUGUGGAGAGUAGCCCCUCGACCGCCACACUCGACACAGAUGUAUAAUUUUACUAACUUUGCAAUGACGCUUAAUGAACUGGAGCCUGGCAUGAUUGGAGUUGUAGCACCAACAGACUGUCGCCUGCGGCCGGACAUCAGAGCUAUGGAGAAUGGGGAUAUAGAUACUGCAAGUCGAGAGAAAGAGAGAUUGGAAGAGAAGCAGAGAGCUGCCAGAAGAGAACGUGCUAAAGAUGAGGAAGAAUGGUCUACGAGAUGGUUCCAGCAAGGCAAUAAUCCGUACACUGGGGCUGCAGACUGGAUCUUCAAGGGCGGUUACUUUGACAGGAAGUACUCUGACCUUCCAGACAUCUACUGAUUCGGUUGGGAAGACUGAAAGAGGCUUGAGAUUCAUCCUUUGCUCUCCUUCAUUCAAUCCAUAUCAUCUCCUCUCCUUAAGCUCUUUUCAAUUUUCCCUUUUUCCUUUGUCGGAAUGCGAGAUUGAAGUGAACAGUUUUUGGACAAAGCCUCUCCACAACUUCUGCUUUUCACUAGAAUCUGGAAAUUCAGUGUGAAUUAAUUUAUUUAUUUUGAGAGGUAGGGAAUGCCUUAAAUUAUUCACUUUUUUGAUGUUAGAUUUUGAGUUAAACAUUCUGUGCAAACCUGAAUAGGUUUAGAAAUUGCUAGUUUAUGUAUGUGCUAACCUACCUUUCCAUGUGUCUCGCUAGUUACACUCAGGUAUUCAUUUUAUGGGUACAAGCGGUUAGAAGAAGGCAUCAUUGCAGUGCCAUCUGUGAAGAUAGCCAAUGUUUGUUUGAUUAUUGAAUCGUGGGGCUGCUCAGAACCUAUUAGAAGAGCUUCAUUUGUGUUUUUGUUAAAACUAAUGUUAUUUUAUCUCUUAUAUGCUUUUUUCCCUCAUCUCAGAAACGUGAUAUGUUUUGGUAUGCAUGAUGUGCAGGAACUUCAUAGUUAUUCUGCCUGAUUUUCAGUACCUGAGAAGGAAAAGGAGUUUAGUUUUCAGAAUCCCAUCUACGUUCAGAAAUCACGGUUGUAUCUCAUUGAUAGUGCCGUUUUGUCACCAUGUCCAUGGUACAGGGGAGUUUACUAAAGCUAAUAUUCUCAUUCCUCAUUUUAGAUCUGUUUUGUUUUUGUUCAACAGACGAAAAUGAAAGCUGCUUAUGAAAAAUGUUUACUUUGUAGUAAAAAAAAAAGUUUUUUAAUUGUUAAAAAAAAGCUCUUAUAAAUAACAAAAAUCCUAUUACAUCCUGGCAUCGAUAUUUUGAGUGUGUUUAUGGUUGCCAAAGCCACUUUUCUCUUGUAGAAACUAAAGCCAUAUAACUCAUCAGGACUGCAAAUGUUGAGUGAUCCAGCCUGGUGAAUGAAAUGGAGAUGGGUGCUAAUCUGUUUCUUUUGAUUUCAGCACUUCAUGGCUCACGAACGUCAAGGUGCUUCAUCUUAGCCCACAUAUAUGCUCACAUGUACCAAAAAUGCUCAGAAUGUGCUUCACUGCUCACAAGCUUUUUGCCAUACAGCAAGCUUCAUUUUGCAAGGACUAAUUUUUUUUCCACACAUAGACUAGAUGAUCUAGAAAGACACCACUGUAUUUUAUUUCGAAACUUUAAACAAUACUGUGAUUUUUAACACUCACAAAUUUCAGAAGCUAUGCAAACAUUGAUGGGAAUGUCUUGUCUGUCUAUGAAUUGUACAAUUUUAUGUGUCAAUAAGCUUCCCUGUUUAUGUACAAACACUUUGGUUGGCCUAGUUCAAAGGUGUCAAGCAUGCUAGUACUUUUGCUGAUGGUUUUACACGCUCUUGUUGGCUGUUUUGCACAGCCUAAAGUUGGGCUGAUGUGUGGUUUGAUGGAGACACAGAUGUAUGUAACUGCAGUGAUUAAUAACACUCAUCUAAAUAUUAGAAUUGAUUAUCAUCUACACUUAAUGGGAGUUCAUCAUUUAUUGUGUAGCACAAGAAUAUUUUAUCUUUAACAUGUUCCAUGUAGUGCGUACAAUUCUAAAAGCCAGGCUUCGGGCCGUGGCAUACUUCAACGGAAAUUUAAUUCCCUAUUUUAUACAAUAUAUUGUGGCAUGUCUAAACUUAAAUAAUUUAAUCUCACUACCAAUGCUUACUAGCAGUUAGAAAUAUUAGUAUAUUAUCCCACCAGCUGCUAACUUAACGGCUUUAAAUGUCCUUUAAAUCUUGAGACAUUAAAAACAACUUAUCCCCAAUUGUCUCAUGAUUUUGUGCCAUCUUUAUCCUGUAGCAAUCACACGAGGUUAAUGUACAAGUAAACCUGGUCACACUGAAUGCAACUAUGUAAAGCAAACAUACACUCAGAAAUGUCAGUUUUAAGUAAUUCUGUGUGUGUGCUUGUUAAACUGUUUAUAUAGGUCAUGACACUAGGGAUUGACUGUUUCUGUUGUGAAACUCAACAUUUCACAGGUAGAAGCCCGAAUUGUACCACUUUGGUGCUAUGAUGGCUUUACAUAAUUGUACAUGACGUAUUGUGACUUUUUACUACAUUUGUAUAGAUCACGUGAAAUGCACUUAAACUGUUGAAUGAAUCUGCUCAUUUGUAAAAUAGCAAUAUUAAUGAUAUAUGUGAGACCUCACUAAUUAAAGAAAUUUCAGUUUGC